CUACCAGACGAAGGGGCGGAAACGGCACAUUUUUUUGUGUUGUCAAGCUAGCGGCUCUUCGUUUCGACAUCAAACCCACGCAAUUAACGGCGUUGGGAAUAUAAUAUUGUGACACAACGACAGUCGAGUUGUGGGAAUCAUAAAGACAUUUGUUACAUUUUAACCGAUCGGAGCCUACUGGUCCCCGGGUCUACCUGAUGAGUAUGAGCCAGACUACAGAACCCUCUAACGAUGAGCCCACUGUUACAGAAGAGGCUAAAACAACUUCAGUUGAGAAGAAGGACAAGAAGCCAGAUGAUGUUGCAGAGGAAGAGGAGGAGGAGGAAGAGUAUGUGGUGGAAAAAGUGCUGAACCGGCGGGUGGUGAAAGGCAAGGUGGAAUACCUUCUCAAGUGGAAAGGCUUUUCUAAUGAAGACAACACCUGGGAGCCAGAGGAGAACUUGGACUGUCCAGAUUUAAUCGCAGAGUACCUGCAGAACCAGAAAACGGCACACGAAGGGAAAAGAAAGGGCGGCUCAGAUGCAGAUGGAGAUGACAGUAAAUCCAAAAAGAAGAAAGACGAAAACGAGAAGCUAAGGGGCUUCGCUCGAGGUCUAGAGCCGGAGCGGAUCAUCGGGGCCACGGACUCCACGGGAGAACUCAUGUUCCUCAUGAAAUGGAGGAACUCGGACGAAGCCGACCUGGUGCCGGCCAAAGAGGCCAACGUGAAGUGUCCGCAGGUGGUCAUCUCCUUCUACGAAGAGAGACUCACCUGGCACUCGUACCCCUCCGAAGACGAGAAAAAAGAYGAGAAAAACUAACGGCGAGAGCAAGAGGUGGGGAAGAACUUCACUGUACUUUUGAUGGGGGUGGGCAGCAAGACUUUGUGACUCAUCUUUUGGUGUGAAUUCACUCAUCUGAUUCGACUUUUUUGUGGAUAUAAUCAAACGCGUCAGAUGUGCUUUAUUGGAUCAGAAGAAACAAAAACAACGCAGUGUUAAGUUUUAGUAAACAUUCCAGUCACUUUGCUUUUAGUAUUGUUUCUAAUCUGUGUACCGUUUGUUCUGUUUCYUGCAGGCCGAGCUCCGUAUUAUACCUGAAUUAAAGGUACUUUUUGUAAAAUCAAGACCUGAUCUAAAAAAAUAAGUAAAUCAGAGCAAGAAACAGAAUCUGUACAAAAUAGAUUUUGUAUCAACGAUCAAUUAAAAAAUGUAUUAAACUUGUGAGCGGAUUCCAACUGUCACGUUUGUUUUUACCUACAAAAACAGCCAAAAUGACUGAAAGCAUGUUAAACGUACCUUUUUAUUCCUCGUGUAGUCAGUCAUGUGACUCGAGCUUCCACGUGGUUUUCAAAAUAAGAGUUUACGUUGAGCGCAGACCUGCAGUAAAAUCUUUGAAACUGCACUCCUCGAAUUAGUUCAGGGUCAUUUUUUAUGUUUGAUUUCAUAUUUUGGAAAUAAUUAAUGUAACUGGUUUGUUGCAAUGAACCUGUUUUAAAUAUUGUUUGAAAACAAGACGUUUGAAAAGACUUUUUUUUUUUAUCAGUAUUAAAGUGAUACUUUUUUUUGUUGUUGUAAUUUUUCAGUUCAUUUGGUGGUUCACAUCAAAAAAGAUCCUGUUCAGGAAGUCCAUUUUUUUAUUUCUUUUUAGCAAAGUUGAAAUCUUGAAAASCCUAAAAGUUGAGACAGAUCUGGUUUUACUCAUUCGAUGAAUCACAAACAUUUCUGACUUCAGACUCUGGGUUCUUAUUGAUCUGAAUAGAAUAAAUGUUACACAKAUUAGCUGUGUUAAGUGAUGUUUUCUUUAUAGUGCCACUUGUUUUAAAUUUCUUGUUUAAGAGCAGAAUUGACUUCACGUUUGCUCCUUCCUUCAGAAUUGUUUGAUGUUUGCUUACAAAGCAGUCUUAGUGAUUCAYUUGGUCAUUGUAAUAUUUGUCCUGUUCUUGGUCUUGAUUGUUGCUUUUGGAAAAUAAAUCGCCUUUUUUUUGUUA